AUGGCCGACCAAGCUACCAUUCAGAACGAGCAGCAGGCUCCCGCCCCUGCUGCUGCUCUCGCACCCGCCGCCGAUGGCGCCGAGGAGCUCAACCCGGACGGAACCCCUCUCUCGGACAACCAGAAGAAGAAGCGAGCCAAACAGGCCGAAAAGGAGCGCGCCAAAGCGGAGAAGGCUGCCAAGCUCGCCGCCGAGAAAGCUGCUCGUGAAGCCGCCGACGUCGACUUUGCCUCGCAGAACUACGGCAAGCUUCCCCUCAAUAUGUCUCAGGAGCGCAGUGGCCGCAAGUUCACCAAGAUUUCUGAGAUCAGCCCAGAGCGCGACGGUGAGCUCAUCGUCCUCUCUGCUCGUGUUCAGACCAGUCGUGCUCCUUCGGCCAAGCUCGUCUUCCUCACCUUCCGUCAGGGCGUCGACUGUGUUCAGGCCACCCUCGCACAGGCUCCCGAAAAGGUUUCUCGACAGAUGACCAAGUGGGCCGCUGGUCUCGCUGCCGAGACCAUCGUGCUCGUCGAGGGUACCAUUGUCAAGACACCCAAGCCUGUCGAGUCCAGCACCGUCACUGUCAAGGAGGCCGAGAUCAAGAUCUCCAAGAUCCACUCCACCAGCGAGAUCGCCUUCGAACAGCUUCCCUUUGGUGUCGACGACGCAACCCGAUCCGAAGUCGAGAUACAGGCUUCCCAGCAGACCGAUCGUCCUCUUCCACCUAUCGCACUCGACACGCGCCUCGACAACCGUGUCCUCGACCUGCGCACCACCACCAACCAGGCCAUCUUCCGCCUCACCCACGGAGUCUGCAAGCUCUUCCGCGAGUACCUCGACAGCCUCGACUUUGUCGAGAUCCACACACCCAAGCUGCAAGGUGCUGCCACCGAAAGCGGUUCUUCCGUCUUCAAGGUCUCGUACUUCAAGGGUCAGGCUUUCCUUGCGCAGAGUCCUCAGCUGGCCAAGCAGAUGGCUAUCGCCGCCGACUUUGGUCGUGUCUACGAGAUCGGCCCCGUCUUCCGUGCCGAGGACUCCAACACCCACCGCCACAUGACCGAAUUCACCGGUCUCGAUCUCGAAAUGGCCUUCGACGAGCACUAUCACGAGGUCGUUGACGUCCUCGACGGUCUCUUCACCUUCAUCUUCCGCGAGCUCCCCAAACGCUACCGCAAGGAGAUCGACGCGGUGAAGCGUCAAUACCCGUGCGACGAAUUCCUGCUUCCGGAAAAGACGGUUCGCUUGCAGUACAAGGAUGCCAUCGCCCUCCUGCGCGAGAACGGCAAGGAGCUUGGAGACCUCGAAGAUCUUUCUACCGAGAUGGAGCGCACGCUCGGAGGACUGGUGCGCGAAAAGUACAAGACCGACUUUUUCAUGCUCGACAAAUUCCCGCUCGAGAUUCGUCCGUUCUACACCAUGCCUGACCCGGCCGACGGCAAGUACUCGAACUCGUACGACUUCUUCAUGCGCGGUCAGGAGAUUCUCUCGGGAGCGCAGCGUGUUCACGACGCCGCGUUUUUGGAGAAGAGGAUGGCCGAGUUCGGAAUCCCCGUAGAGAGCAUGAGGCACUACGUCGAGGCGUUCAGGUUGGGAUGCCCUCCUCACGCUGGUGGUGGUAUCGGAUUGGAGCGUGUUGUCAUGUUCUACCUGGGUUUGGGUAACAUCAGGAGGGCGAGCAUGUUCCCAAGGGACCCUAAGCGUCUGGACCCUUGA